UUAUCCUAUCCAUAUUUAUGUAUAUAUAUAUACAUAUAUACAUAUAAAUGUAACUAAUUUCUCGUAUAUUUUUUAGUCAACACAAGCAAUUAAUUUUAAUAAUGUUUUCACCUCAUUUCAAUUAUUCUAAUAAAAUUCUUAUCAUCAUUAUUAUUAUAACUUUGAAUGGAUUGUUGACUAGUUCAAUAGUAGUAUUGAACACAUUGAAUGAACAACAACAACACCGACAUCAUGAUUGGCGCACAAAACAAUUCAAUUCGGAAUUAUGUGAUCAUUUCACAUUGAACACAUUGUCAUAUAGUUUAAAUGUUACAUUAACAUUUUAUUCAGAUAUUUAUCAAUAUAUCCCCGAAAUAAGUAUUAUAAUUGUUGUACAUAAUGAAAAUGCGUUGAUUUUGGAAAAUACAAUAAAAAGUAUACUGGUGAAUACAUCCUCAUUAUUAUGGAAUAAUAAUUUGAAAGAAAUUAUAUUGAUCGAUGAUGAUAGUAAUCCACCUGUAGAAGAAGAUCAAAUUAAGAGUCUGAGUAAAAUUGUAAGUUAUAUAUUGACAAGAAACAAGGUUGUAUUUGUUUUAUUGUUUUUUGGUUAAAGUUUAUUAAUAUAAUAAUUAUUGAAUUACGU